AGUAAUGGGAAGAAAUGUCAAAAAGUUAAUUUGCGACAACUCUGCGUGACUCUAGAGAAUUUUGUUACCUUUUGUUUUCAUCCAAUAUUAGUCAUAAAUCAGGCAUAAGCUUUAUUUUUAUAUACAGAAAAAAUGCAGCUGAUACUGAUAAGUGUAUUCCGUAACCUAUAGAUUUAGAAGACAAAGGAGCAAUGAAUCUGCUUUGGAUUGUAUACAAUUAUGUAGAUAGAGUAAAUACAGUAAUUAUUUAAAAGUACAGUAGUUAAGUAAUUAACUAAAAAGAUGUCAGAAGAGACGGACUCGAUAAGCAAUAUGCCUUCAGAAUGCCAUCCUGAGGAUGCAUCAGGUACUGAAGAAGCUCCAUCAUCAAUGGUGUCGAGUGAAGCAGAGUCCGAGGGUAGCGUGUUAUCUGAAGUGGCGCGCCAUGACAAUAUAGACCCGCCUCCGGUCCAGCCCAGCGAUGGGACCGCGCCAGAAACGGCCCACAAUACCCAUCACAAACCUAUAACUGUUGUCAGCAAUGACUGGAGAACUGUUGGGAGCACCUUGUCUUCGCUUGUUUCAACUAGAGGCUCGAUGCUGCCAUGGGGCCCGCACAAGGGCCCGGUGGUGCCGCCGUCCGACUCCGACCUGAGGCCCGGCGAAUUUGUUAUGAGACUGCUCUUCACUGAGUUCACUGUACAGGCUGAAAGGAAAAUGGAAGCGGUCAUGGCCGAACCACUCGAGAAGCCGUUGAACAAGACGCUCCAACGCGGCGAGGACCCGCAACUGGAUCAGAUACUGUGCGCGUUCGGCACGGUCGCCGAGCACUGCCUGCCGUCGCUGCUGCGCGCCCUCUUUGGCUGGCUCGAGCGACAGAUGGCCGACUCGCCGCAGCUCAGCGAGCAGGCCAAGAAACCACACCAAGACCUGAGGAAUAAAAGCAUAAUCUACAUAGUGUCGGGCAGCGGCGCCGGCACGGAGGCGGUGGAGCGCAGCUGCGAGGAGCUGCAGGCGGAGCGGCGCGACCUCGCCGUCGAGUUCCUCUUCUGCCUCGCCCUCAUCGAGGUCCUCAAGCAACUGCCCUUCCACCCCGGGCACGAGGACCUCGUGCAGUACAUUGAGAAUGUGGCCUUCAAAAGGUUCAACUACAAGGAAGGGUUACAAUCGAAUCCAAACGCAGCCAACGUGCACAUAAUAGCAGACCUGUACGCGGAGGUGAUAGGUGUCCUGGCGCACUCGCGGUUCGCCUCUGUCAAGAAACGGUUCACCGCUGAACUGAAGGAGCUGAAGUCCCGCGAGCCGUCCCCUCACACGACGCAGAGCAUCAUCUCCCUGCUGAUGGGAAUGAAGUUCUUUCGUGUGAAGAUGGUGCCCAUUGAGGAGUUCGAGGCAUCGUUCCAGUUCCUGCAGGAGUGCGCGCAGUACUUCCUCGAGGUCAAGGACAAGGACAUCCGCCACGCGCUCGCCGGGCUCUUCGUCGAGAUAUUAGUGCCAGUAGCUGCGACUGUGAAAAACGAGGUAAACGUGCCGUGCUUGAAGAACUUUGUUGAAAUGCUGUAUAGCCACACGCUGGACGCGAGCACCAAGUCGAAGCACAGGCUGGCGCUCUUCCCGCUCGUCACGUGUCUCCUCUGCGUCUCGCAGAAGCAAUUCUUCCUCACUAACUGGCACUGCUUCUUGGCCAUGUGUCUGUCGCACCUCAAGAACAGGGAUCCAAAGAUGUGUAGGGUAGCAUUAGAGUCGUUAUACCGUCUGCUAUGGGUGUACAUGAUAAGGAUCAAAUGUGAAAGCAACUCGGCAACGCAGUCUCGCCUCCAGAGCAUCGUCAACUCACUGUUUCCCAAAGGAUCCAAAGGCGUUGUGCCACGGGACACGCCGCUCAACAUUUUCGUCAAAAUCAUACAGUUCAUCGCGCAGGAGAGGCUAGAUUUCGCCAUGAGAGAAAUAGUGUUCGACUUGCUGAUGGUCGGACGACAGAUCAAAAUAAUCCUGACUCCCGAACGGAUGUCCAUAGGCUUGCGAGCGUUCCUCGUAGUCGCUGAUAGUUUACAGCAGAAAGAAGGGGAGCCUCCCAUGCCGAGGACGGCUGGAACGUUACCGUCAGGCAAUACGCUCAGAGUAAAGAAGACCUUUCUCAACAAAAUGCUGACAGACGAGACGGCCCGCUCAAUAGGAAUGAGCGCGUACUUUCCAUACGUGAGGCGUGUUCUGGUGGAGAUCCUGCGUGCACUGGACGCACACUACGGGCGGCCGCUGAUGCUGACCAACACUCAGAACGUUACAAAGGAGCAGGAGAUUAACACCGGGGAGAGGAAACCGAGGAUCGACCUAUUCCGCACGUGUGUCGCCGCUAUACCCAGACUUAUCCCCGAGGGUAUGAGCUCUGGCGAGCUGGUGGACUUGCUGUGCCGGCUUACGGUGCACAUGGACGAGGAGCUGCGAGGACUCUCCUUCCAGAGUCUGCAGACUCUAAUUGUGGAUUUCCCGGAGUGGCGGCAGGAUGUUCUCGCCGGCUUCACACAGUUCUUAGCCAAAGAAGUACAGGAUACAUCUCCUCAACUGGUUGAAAACGGUUUACGGAUGCUGCUACAACUGCUGACGAGCUGGCGUAAUGGGGAGCCCACCAGCAGCGGGGCGCCGGCCAAGUCAGAGCCGCUGGCGACGGUCAUUCGCGGGGCGGAAGCGCUGGGACUGGUCAUGCUGUGCCAGUGCAAGUCAUACCCCAGGCGGCUCGCCGUUCACAUAUUACGGGAGUGUAAAUACUUGCUGGAGAAGCUGCAACUGUCGCGGGACGAGCCGGCAUUGAUCGACGCAGCGGACACGCACGUGCCGCACUUCGCCGAGAAAUGCCUGCCGCUGCUGCCACCCGCUGAGAAGCAGGCCAUCCUCGCCGCCGGCCAGCUCGACCUCGUCUGGGUCGCGGAGAGAAGCCACGCCGUCUGGACAGCAGGCAUUCAACACGACGAAACUUCAACGAAGAAUAGUUGGAGCGGGAGCGCGUCCAACGGAGCCGACCCUUGGGAGGUGGUGCUCUUCGGGCUGCUGGAGCGCAGCCGCGUGCCAGCGCGGUGCGCGGCCACCGUGCUGCAGGCGUGGCCCAUACUGCACGCCAGGAUACACGCGCUCUUCACCAUCAUCGAACCGGCACCUGUUAACGAUAAUCGUGCGUCGUUGCUCUCUCGGAGUCCGGCGCUGCCGCGGAAACCGGAAAAGGAACGGGACGGCUAUAUGCAGGUGUGGAAGUACUACAUGACAAUGGCAUACUUAGUGGUGCCCGCGGUGCCCAACCCGGUGAUACGGUGCGCGAGCCCCGACCUCAGCCUAAGUAGCACUGAGGCGGAGGGGUGGUUCGGCCAGGCGCCGCUCAGUUCGUCGAGCGAGAGCCUCAACGCGCCCGGCGGUUUCUUCACGCUGCCCUUGAGCUAUGCGCGCGCGCACAGACAACACAAACGAACGAGUGCGCACUUCCUCUCGGCAUGUCCGGAGACGCUGUGGGGCUCAUCACCGGACUCGCUGAGCGAACGCAGCGGCGGCGAGGCGCGCAGUGCGCACGCGUCUCCUGGCGCGCUGCACAAGCUGGCGGUGCCGCUGGCGCGGUGCGAGGUGCCCGAGGUUCGGGACGCGGCCGUCGGCGCCUGCGGCCACAUCAACCCGGACGCACUCAAGGACCUGAUGGAGGAGCUGGUGCCGCUGCUGCGCGAAGCGGUGGACCGCAAGCAGGAGAACAUGCGGCGGCGUAGGCGACGCGACGCACUCCGGCUACACCUUAAUAAAAUGCUGCUACUCAUCGCGCAGAGGAAGACCUUUGCUAACAGCACAUUCGCGGUGGAGAGCGGAAGCCUGCAUCCGACCCUCACAGAAUACCUGGACGGUGCGCGGCAGUGCCUGGAAGUGGAGGCCGAGAAGGACGCGCCCGCCGCCCGCGAACAACGCCUCACCUUCGCAGACUUCGUCACCGAGCUCAUCAAGAGCUUUCCGCUGGAAAUGUACGGCUCGCUGAUGAAGAGGGAGCUGUGCCGCAGCCUGUUCUCGCUGUUCAGCGGGUGGUGCGGCCCCCUCGCCAAGCACCUGGGAGCCCUCGUGCCGCAGCCGCAGCCGCAGGAAACCGACGAGAGGCUCAACCUGUCCGCACUCAAGGCGAUGAGCGCACUCGUGUGCUGCGGCCCGUGCUUCGCGCCGACCGCCCUCGCCGAGGACGGCUCCCUCUACCCGUGGCUAAGUGAAAUGCUCUCUUCCACUAACGAUAAGAUAUACGAGCUCGCACGGGAGACCAUAGUACUAUUACUGGAUUGCAACCCCGAUAUCGGGCCGUUAUUGGACUGGACAGUGGACAAAUGCUUCACCGGACCGCCGCGAGUCGCCGACGGCUGCUUCAUGGCGCUCGCCACCAUAUUCAGUGCAAGGGAGUACCCGUGCGACCACUACACGGCGAUCAUCAACGUGACGCUAAUGUGCACGGGCUGCCCGCGGGCGCCCGUCCACGAGAGUGCGCUGCAGCUGCUGCAGCUGCUCGACAAGCGGUUCUUCGGCACCGUCGGCCCGCUGCCCGCCGACGACGACGCCGGUUCGGAGAAAGGUCGGGGUACACUGGACGCGCUGCUGUGCACCACCUACUGCCGGUCGCAGUUGUACCUCUCCCGGCAACUGUCGCAAUUGCACCCGGAACUCACAAUGCCCAUGUUCUCAGAGAUCACAGCGCGGUUUCAAACGGCUCGCACCGAAGUCCGGCAGCUGCUGCUCCAGUACCUGCUGCCGUGGCUCGUCAACAUCGAGCUGGUGGACCCCAACGUGCCGCCAGCUAAUCCGCUCUCGUACAUACAGUACUAUGCGACGGAGGCCGGCCGCACCGGACGCCGCGAGGGGCUCGGCUCCGCGGAGGCGACGGAAAUGGUGCUCAACAAUCUCUUCUACAUCACUGCCAAGUUCUCAGACAAGCACCCAAAAGAGAUAGAGGAGCUGUGGUCGACGCUCUGCUCGUGCUGGCCCAACAACCUCAAGGUCAUCAUCCGCUACCUGAUCAUCGUCUCCGGGAUGGCGCCCAAUGAACUGCUGCCUUACGCAAAGCGCGUAGUGCUGUACCUGGCGCGGUCACGGCCCGAGCGGCUCCUGGACGAGAUGAUGACGGAGCUACAGACGGUGGAGACCCUGAACUGCCUCAUCGAGCGCACGGAGACGCCGCCCUUCUAUCGGCUGACCUCCAUGCGCAAGGCCACCUCGGGCCACAGCGACGGGCCCGGCAUCGGCUCACAGGUACAGGAUGCAACAGGACGCACGGGCGAACUGGCACCCGUCGAGAAAGGCACCAUCCACACCAAGAGACACAGCGGAGAAGACCCUGCGAAGUCUACUAGCGGCAAAGCGCCGGAGACGCCGGGCUCGCGCUCGCAGUACAAGCGCGCGUCGGCGCCGCCAUGCGGCACGCCGCCCGCCGACGAAGAGCCGCCGCCGCCCUCCGACAGCGACGCCACGCCGACGGGCCUGUGCCCCGAGUCCGUGACGCCGACGGGCGGCAGCGCGCCCCCCACCCCGCAGGAGGCGCGGGUGGACCUUCCGCAACCGCGACCCCUGCCCAUGCCCGAAUACGGCGGUUUCUUCGCGAGACUCACUGAAUACCUGCCCGAUAGCAAUCAGCCCAUCUCCGGCUUUCAUAGGUGCAACGUGGCGGUGAUGCUGCUGUGCGACGUGGUGCUGGACGGCGUGGAGAUCGACUGGUCCAUACACGUGCCGCUCAUGCUGCACAUCGUCUUCCUGGGCAUGGACCACACCAGGUGGAUAGUGCACCAGCACUGCCGGCAGCUGCUGCUGAACCUGCUGGUGGCGGUGGCGGCGCACCACGACCACCUGACGGUGGCACGGGUGCUGCUCGCCAGUCGUUCCGCGCACCUCGGGCUCGGCGUGCCGCCGCCGCAUCUGCCGCUAGUGCCGCACAACUUCACAGAGCCGGACGCGGCAUUGGACAGUUACCCGCAGUGCGCGCACUCGCCGCGCUGGCACGCUCGCUCGCUUAGCUCAGACCCGCAGCUCACGCCCGAAGGCGAGGCGGACAACUACCCGUCGCUGCCGGUGAUUGUGACGGGCGAGGCGGAAGGCGAGGGCGAGGGCGCGGCCGACCCGGAGCCCGAGCCCACGGACUUGCCCGUCGCCGACGUCAUCAAGUCGCUCGUGCACUUCCUCGCCAACAGGCCCACGCACAUGCCGCUCUGGCAGUACGAGGACAUCACCGCCAAAGUGUGGACGCUGCGCAGCUGCCAGCAGAUGGCGACGCUGGUGCGGCACGUGCUGCGCGUGUUCCGCGAGUCUCUGCCGCAGGCACUCAUCUCUGAGCGUUGGGCGCAGACCGCCCUGCAGCUCGGCCUAUCCUGCCCGUCCAGGCACUACGCCGGCCGCUCGCUACAGGUGUUCAGGUUUAUCGGCGUGGCGAUGACGGGCCGCAUGGUGUCGGACAUCCUGUCGCGGCUGGUGGAGACGGUGGCGGAGCAGGGCGAGGACAUGCAGGGCUACGUGACGGAGCUGCUGCUCACACUCGAAGCGGCCGUCGACUCGCUCGAGUCUAACUUCAGGCCUCUGGACUACAUGCGCGACAUCUUCAAGUCCACGCCCAAUUUGAACAAUAAGGACGGCGGGCCGCACACCAACGGCGGUGGCUUCGCGCCCGGCAAGCGUUCACCGGGCGUGUGCGGCGGCUGCGUGCCGAACCACACUCGCAGCACCAGCUACUCGGUGACGUACUGCGUGCGUAAAAACAACACGCCGCCCGCCGCCGACAAGCACCAGCACGAGCGCGUACGAGCGGGCAGCGAAGCGGCCAAGGGCAUCUGUUCGAAUUUAUGCCGUUCUCGGUCCGCGCAGUCGCUCAAGCUGCUCGGAGAUACCGCCACACAGGACGACAAAUUGACGAUCCUGGCCACGCUGUUCUGGGUGGGCGCGUCGCUGCUGGAGUCGGACUACGAGCACGAGUUCCUGCUGGGCGUGCGGCUGCUGGCGCGCGUGAUGGCGCGGCUGCCGCUCGACCGGCCGGACGCGCGCGACCGCCUCGACCGCACGCAGGCGCACACCUCGCCCUCGCUGCACGCGCUGCUGCUCAAGGGCUGCACACACCCGAACACCUACGAGCCUGUGGUGGGCGUGCUGGCGGACAUGAUCCCGCUGCUGGAGCUGCCAGUGAUCGACCCCACGCAGUCUCUCGCCUUCCCCAUGACCGUGGUCGCGCUGCUGCCCUAUAUGUUGCUGCACUACGAAGACGCCAACGAGCUGUGCGUACGCGCAGCUUGUCACAUAGCACAGUUCACGGCGGAGAAGAGCAAGAAGCUAGAGAACCUAGGCACGGUGAUGACGCUAUACUCGCGGCGCACGUUCAGCAAGGAGAGCUUCCAGUGGACCAAGUGCGUGGUCAAGUACCUGUGGGACACAUACUCGCAUCUGUCGCUGCACAUGAUCGCCUUCCUCGUGGAGGUGCUCGAAAAGGGAUCGGUGAGCCUGCAGCUGCCGGUGCUGUCGAUCCUGCACUGCAUGCUGUACCACGUGGAGCUGAACGCGCCCGCUGCGCAGCCCGUCAACGCGGACCUACUGCGCGCCGUCGCCAAGUUCAUCGACGACGGUAACAACUACAAGGAGGCGAUGAAGAUCCUGAAGCUGGUGGUGACGCGGUGCUCGACGCUGGUGGUGCCGCCCUACUGGGACACGCACGCCUCCUCCAUCCUCGACACUGAGCUGCACGGCAAAAAGGAGCUGCCCGGGCGCACGAUGGACUUCACAUUCGACCUGUCGCAGACGCCGGUGAUCGGGCGCAAGUAUCUGCCGAAGGCGGGCGCCGGUUCUGGCAGCCAGCCCGCUACCGGGCCAAGCUCGCUUUCCAAUGCCUCCACUUCCACUACCACACCUGACAAAGGCUCGUCGGCGUCUGCGUGCGGGUCUGCGUCUGCGUCGGCGUCGGGCUCGGCGUCGACGGUGGUGGGCGCGGAGAGCGGCGCCAGUGCGCAGCCGCAGAGCGCCGCCUCGCCGCGACGUUCGCUCUCGCUGUCGCCCGCGGACGCGCUCGCCUCCGGCUGGAAGCGGCCCUGGAUGUCGCAGAGUCGCGUCCGAGAGUGUCUCGUGAACCUGCUGACGACCUGCGGCCAGAGAGUGGGCCUGCCCAAAAGUCCAUCUGUGAUAUUCAGCCAGAGCUCAGAGCUGCUGGAGCGCGAGUCGUCGAUGGCGUCGUCGCUGGAGGAGGUGUCGGGCACGCCCGGCAACGAGCCGUCCGCCGCCGCGCCCCCCACCGACCACUUCGGCGUCUUCAAGGACUUCGACUUCCUCGAGUACGAAAGCGAGAGCAUCGAGGGCGAGAGCUCGGACAACUUCAACUGGGGCGUGCGGCGGCGGCCGCUGAGCGAGGAGCGCGACGAGCGCGGCGGCCGCGAGCGCAGUCCGCCGCCGCCGCCCGCACGCCUCGCGCCCGCCGCCCUCGCCGUCCACCAGGGUGGUCACGAGGACUCGUCGGACGAGGAGGGCGGAUGGGAGGAAAGCGCUGGCGGCUGCGGCGGCGGCGGCGGCAGCGCAGGUGGCAGCGGCAGCGGCAGCGGGGCGGGGCACUGCGGCCGCGGCGGGGAGGGGGACGCGUCCGUCGCAGCCGAGCACGCCAGGACGCACUCCUUCUCCAGCGCCUCCAGCGGGGAGCCGGACGGCGAGCGCGGCGACGUGACGCCGGUGCCGGGCGCGGUGGGGUGCACGAUCGGCGUGAUCGGCGCGAUCGGCGCCGGCGGCACACCAAUUCGCGACCAAUGGCGAGCGUCGGUGACGUCGCUGCUGCGCCACGCCGCGCACAUGCCGCCGCUCGCGCUGCUGCACCGCCUGCACACCGUCCUCAAGGAGGUGGGCCGGCGCACGGCGGCGCUGUGCUCGAGCGCUGCUGGCGCUGCAGGUGGCGGUGCAGGCGGUGCAGGCGGUGCAGGCGGUGCAGGUGGUGUAGGCGGUGGCGGCGGUGGCGCGGAGCUGGGCGCGCUGGCGGAACGCGCCGGCGGCGAGGAGCCGGCGCUGGUGUGGGCGGGCGCGGCCGCCGCCGACUGCGCGCGCGCACGCGACGCCGGCCGCUACGCCGCGCUCGAGAUACACGAGCACCUCGACACCUACUUCCAGCGCCGCGACCACCUGCUCGAGACGCUGGAGUGGCGCAGCGGGCUGGAUCCGCGCGGCUCCUCCGAGGAGACGAACCGCAGCCUCUACAAGCUGAUCUUCCAGCUGCUGCUGCUGCUCGAGACCCACAACAAGAUGGUGGUGGCCGUCUACCACGCCGCCCUCGACAACAAGGGUAAAGAUAUGAGCGGUACGGUGUGCAGCGUACGCAACGCGCUACUGGCCAGCAUGGCCGACAGCUGGGGAGAGGUGUCCCCCGCGCCGCACGACGACGCGCGCCUCUUGCAGCUGCUGCAGCGGCAGAGGUGGGGCGCGGCGCUGGCGAUGGUGCGCGAGCGCAACGCCGAGCGGAUCCUGGAGCGCGGCGAGCUGCCCGACGAUGACGUCACCAGCUUGCUGCACGUCUACUGCAAGGGGCUCGCGCAGGCCAACCCCGACAUGGUGGCGAUAUCCCGUCCCGUGAACGAGCUGUCGCAGAACUUGUCCUUCAUGAUGGAGAGCCUGUACAAGGUGUCGGUGGCGCUGCAGCGGCAGGAGUACGGCUGAUCACCCCGCUCGUCCCCCGUGUCCCCCGGGCCACCCCGCCGCCGCCCCGCCCCCGCCACGCCCCCGGCACGCUCGCACCAAAGCAUUCCCCACCCGCACGCGACUGACGUGAUGUUGUUAAGCGACUGAUGUCAGUCGUGUCCCCACUAAUUAUUUGUAUUGUUAUCAAACACCGGCUAACGAAUUGAACACGAUCCUCAUAUCACGCUAGCAGUUUUAUAUAAAACCCCCUUAUACGAAUAAGGAGGUAAAAUAAAAGAUUGUUUAUUUUCAUUAAUUGAAAUAUUUUUUUAACGAUUACUCUGUUUUGUCACUCUUUCCAUCUGAGAAUUCAGUGUAAAAGAAAGAGACAAAACCAUUUAAUAGCUAAAGUUUAUUUGAUGUUCGUCGUUUUAGGUUUAUAAAGGGAAAAAUAUGUACCGGCAGAUGUAGAAUAGAAUUUACGUCUUGCAUCACAUAACCAAAUAUUUUUCCCAUUCUGAUAUAUUGCAAUAAAUAUUUUCCAUUCCGUUCAUAUCAUUUUGCACUUGCAUUUCGAAAGUGAUAAAAUGAGUAGUGUACGAUAGCGGACGGCAGCGCGUGUGAGCGUGAGCGUGUUCAAGUCGUUGUCCGCGCAGCGUCUGCCGAGCGGCGGCGGUGUCGGCCGCGCGCUGGUCCUCCGCGGCCGGAUACUGCACCCUCGCAUAAUUGUAUAAGCAACUAUGAAGUACAUCACAAAUAUUUAUAUGUUAUAUAUUUUUUAAAUGAGAACGUAUUAUUAGAUAUAUAUUUGUAAAUGCAUAAUACUGGGCGCCGUGCGACACUCGCCGCAUUUAGACACCGCGCCCACCGAGUCGGUCGCCCGCAUACUGUCAUAAUUACGUAUUAACUAUUAUAUCAGAGCUCGCCGCUCGCCGCUCGCCGCUCGCCGCCCGUCGUCUGCUAGGCCCACAGCAACAAGGUGCUGUCCCCCACUGAAAUAGAGCGAUCGAACAAGAGUAGUAUUGGAAGCACGAGCCGAAGGCCAUUAGCUAGUUUAUUGCUAAAAAAUAUUUCUUUUUUUUUAUAUUUUGUUUUUUUUUUUUUUGUAUAUGCAUUCUUUUAUCUCUUAUUACUGUCUUUGUCUUUUGUUAUUUGUUCGCUGUAAGUAAUGCAAAUAAUUUAUAUAUCUAUCUAUCUAUCUAUCUAUCCGUCUGUCCUAUUUCAGCGGAAACUUGUACUUUUCUCAAUCGUCGAAGUAAAAUAAUAAUAGAUUAUUUCAAGAUACAACAGUUUAACCCAUACAGUACUUGUCUACAGCUGACCUUGACACAUGACAGCAAAAUGACAGAUUUUUCCCGUCUACCCACCAUAAAAUAUUUACCCGAGUGUAUGAUUCCAUUUAUUUUUGAAAAGUGCCAAUUAUCCACCGUCAAUCGUGUGAUCCUCGAGCUAGGAUACCUUGUGGUAUGAGGAACCAGGUAAUAGAUACUGCGACCCGAACCGAUUCAGAAAAGUUCGUUUCUAAAAAUUGUCCCGACCGGAAAUCGAACCAGGGACCUCACUAACGCAGAGUGACGCGUCCACCUCUGCGCCACGGAGGUCGUCAGCUAAACUAUUUUAUGUGUAAAUAAUGUUACAUUUCAAAUUUAUUCGUCGUCUGCACCGGAGGCGGCGGCGGCGGCAGCGGCGAGCAUAGCGAAUUUAGUGUUUAAUUUAGUUAAUCCCAUUUACUAAUAAAUAAUGAACGUACUGACUUUAGUUUUCAAAUAACUGAUCUCAGAUAGUGUAUUAGGAGCGCGUCCGGUGCUGCGACGCAGUUCCGCGCGUGAACAUGAACAAACUAGAGGGCGCCGUGCUCCGUGCUCCGUACCAAAUACUUGAUUCGUAAUAAUUAUACGCGAUGGCUUGUGACGCGGAAUGCGCGCAAUGCGCGGAGGCCGUUUCGUGCACUCGCCGUCCACCGUUACAAUGUAUGAUACACAUCGAUUGUAUUAUGUAAACGAAAUGUCCUCUGCGCUCGUUUGCUAUUUGUCUAUGGUAUAUGUCGCGUUUGAACAGUAUGCCACUUUCUGAACUGAUUCAUUGUGCCCUAUUUUUUUUUUAACGACGUUUACUCAACUAUUGUUUGUGAUAUUAUUGCCUUUGUUGUAGUGGUUGACAAUAUUUAUUUUGUAGUAUAAUUUUUUGUCUCGUGCAAAACAUACUCGCGCUGCGACGCGACGCUGCGCCGUGUCCCGGGCUCGCAGGCGUUCGUGCAGCACAUGUACGACGUACACUGAGUACUCACGCGAGCAUGUCAACACUGACCCCCUUAGCCAUAAAAACCUCAUAUACAAACCUAUUUUAGCUAUUGAACUGUUUUGUCUCUUUCUUUUACACUAAAUCCUCAAUUUGAACGAAAGGGACAAAAUAGUGUAGUAAAAGUAGGUUUUAGUUUUUAUGAAUAAAGGGGUGAACGUAUACGAGCCAGGUUACAGAACGCAGCGCUCGCGACCAGCCCCUUAGUGAAAUACUAAUGUUUAUAACCAAUCUUAUUUAACUAAAUAAAUAAAUAGAUCCUGAUA